CCGGUCGAGAAAAAUCAGUCGGCGAGCUCCAACCCAGCACACCACACGCAUCAACCAUGGACAACGAAACCCCCAGCCUGGAAGCCAUCAUCAACAAUAACCUCAGCGGACGGGACCUUGAUGAGUUCAACCGCAUCUACUAUGGCAGGAAGGACCACCAAGAAGUCAAGCUGAAGGAGUCUUCCAUCCAAGCAGCUAAAGAAGCCGACUUCGAAAUCGCCGCCUAUGCCUUCCCCGCUAAGAAGGAACACACCCGCCCGCCGAGGCUCGUUAAGGUGGGCAUCAUCCAGCACUCCAUCGCGAGCCCGACCGACCGCCCCAUCAACGAGCAGAAGAAUGCCAUGUUCGCUAAGGUAAAGAGGAUCAUUGACGUCGCCGGACAAGAAGGCGUCAACAUCCUCUGCUUCCAAGAGCUGUGGAACAUGCCUUUCGCGUUCUGCACUCGCGAGAAGCAGCCCUGGUGCGAAUUCGCCGAAUCUGCUGAAGAAGGCCCUACUACCAGAUUUUUGAGGGAAUUGGCGGUUAAGUACGCCAUGGUCAUUGUCUCUUCUAUUCUGGAAAGGGACGAAAAACACGCUGAGAUCCUUUGGAACACGACUGUUGUGAUCAGCGACACCGGCAACGUGAUCGGCAAGCAUCGCAAGAACCACAUUCCAAGAGUCGGCGACUUCAACGAGUCGAACUACUACAUGGAAGGUAACACAGGGCAUCCGGUGUUCGCCACUCGCUACGGUAAGAUCGCUGUGAACAUCUGCUUCGGCCGGCAUCACGUCCUCAACUGGAUGAUGUACGGGCUCAACGGAGCCGAGAUAGUCUUCAAUCCUUCAGCGACGAUCGCGGCCGACGCCGGCAGCGAGUACAUGUGGAACAUUGAAGCGAGAAACGCUGCUAUAACCAACUGCUACUUUACUGCUGCUAUAAACAGAGUUGGCUACGAAGAAUUCCCGAAUGAGUUCACGUCUGCUGAUGGCAAGCCGGCUCAUAAGGACCUGGGUUUGUUCUAUGGAUCGAGCUACUUCUGCGGCCCCGACGGUGUGAGGUGCCCUGGUCUCUCUCGUACGAAGGACGGGCUACUGAUUGGGGUAUUGGACUUGAACAUGAACAGACAGAUCAGGGACCGGCGCUGCUACUACAUGACGCAGAGACUGGACAUGUACGUGAACAGCCUCAGCAACGUGGUGGACCUGGACUACAAACCACAGGUGGUUUACGAGAAUGAGAAGUGAAGAGUAAACAGACAGGUUGAUUUCAUGAUACCACGACGCGACUUUAUCUAUGGUGCUAAUAUAAUCUUAAGGAAUAUUAAAUAAAUAAGUGUUUUUUAUACAA